AUUUGAAUCAAUGAAAGUCUAAUCAACUACAACAUAGUAUGAUGAUAAUUUCUUAAUUUCUUACUAUGAUUAUAAGUCAACUAAUAUAGAAAAGAACAGAGACAAGUAAUGAUGGAAAGAAUCUUUCAUAAGAAUCAUGCUUUAAAAGCAAAGAAAGAAGUAAAAAGACUUGUGUAGAUGAUAUUUUGGAAUCUAAUAAGGUAUUAUAUCCUACAGAAGAGGAAUUGAAUAUUGAUCAUACAAUCGUAAUUAAGUAUUGUCCAGAAACUGGAGAUAGUAAAAAGGCUAUGGAUGAAUACAUUGCUGAAAUCUACUUAGGAGGAAGAUAAAUCUUUGCAGUAUAUAAUGUUUGUGAGGACUCGUUAUUAGCUGCUCCAUUGAUAAUGAAUCUUUUGCUAUUAUGUGAGUUAUUUGAAAGAAUAGAAUUCUCAAAGGAUUCAUCUGAAUUCUAAAGAUUUGAUACAGUUUUGUCCUGGUUAAGUUACUUGAUGAAAGCUCCAAAUUCUGAAAGUGGAAUAACUACAAUUAAUUCUUUAUCAAGAUAAAGAGUAAUGCUUGAAAAUCUUGUAAAAGUAUGUGCAGGAUUAACAGUAGAUGAUAAUCUUAGAUUAGAGAUUAGAUAUGGUGCUAGUAGAAUUUAAUAAUGA